UCCUGUCUGUGGAUGAGCUUUGUUCAGUAAAUAGUUAACGAGGUGUUUCCGUGGUGCAGGAUGCAGAGACGCACUUCGAGGAUCAGAUCAGUAAACUGGUGCUGGAGAAACAGGAGCUGGAGUGGGAGAGGGAAUCCCUCCAGCAUCAGAUUGAAACAGGCGUGACUCAGCACACAGAGUCACUCACCAGUGUGAAGAAGCAGUUUCAGGCCAAAAUCCGAAACGUUGAGGAGGAGAAGGGGAAAUACCAGGUCAGUGCUGAGUUAAAGGACAAGGAGAUUAACAACUUGAAAGAAGAACUGAGGUCGCUGCAGUUGCUGAAGUUCAACUUGGAGAAGAAAUCAAAGGAGCUGGAGCAGAAACUCUCCUUGCAGAGCAGGUCGAAGGACAGUCACCUGAACCAGCUGGGGGAGGUGGAGAAACGAUUCAGUGCCCUGUCCAGGCAGUGUGCCAUGGUCAAGAAGGGACACGAGACACUACAGCAAAAUGUGGAUGAGGCCAUGAGAAUCAACAAGAAACUGACUUCUGCAAAUGAAAAACAAGAAGCAAACAUUGUGUCACUGAAGAAGGAGUUGGAGCGGGUGAAUACCAAGCUGAUUAAAACCAAGAUGAUGUCUGUCACACAUGACAAGUUCCACCAGGGUCAAACGGGCACAGAGCAGCAUGUAGAGAAACUGCACCAGAGACUGAGGAUGGAAACUGAAAUUAUCAAGAAACUCGAGGAGGAGAAUGUUUCUGUAAGAGCAGAAAAGCAGAGGUUAAUGACUUCUCUGCAGCACAACCAGCAGCUUCUGUUGAGUCAGACACAGGCAGUGAACAGAGUCGAGCUGGAGCUGCAGACACAAGAAGAACAGCACCAGGCCCUUAAGCAGGAACACGAAGUGAUGCGAGACAGAAGCAAGGCUCUGGAAGAUAAGGUGGCCCGACUGAUGGAGUGCCACGCCGCCUCCGUGACGAGCUGGGACAAAGAGAAGAAAGUGUUUCUGGACGACAUGGAGAGUGAACAGCAGGAGCUUCGAUCGGUGAGGGAGGCUUUCGACGAGCUUCAUGGGAAACACACUGAGGUGUCCUCACUGUCUAAAGAGCAGGCACAGCACAUACUGGAAUUAGAGACGAGAAACCAGAGUCGGAGCCGCCUCAGCGAUUCCACCCAGGUCGUCCUUCCCAUCGAACCCAGCGAUGAGCUUCUGAUCCUCGGCCGCGUGCUGCAGGCGGCCGAGGAUCAGAGACGACCAGAAGGUCUCGACCACACAGGAGCUGUGACUGAAGGUCAGCCAGCCACAGAUAAACAGGCAGUAGAUGGAGGAGCCAAAGUUGAUGCUCCGCUCAUGACAAGAAGUCCCAAACUCUCCAGAUCUGUUCACACGUCCACGUGUCACCAACAGCCUCUCCAGCUCCUGCAGUCAUUCUGGAACAACAAGCAGUGA